GUAAGCUCUGGAAUAAAUCGUGAAAGCUCGGAUCACUGGCGGUGAUAAAACCUGCUGAUAAGCCAAGCCGCCGAGAGCAGUUCUCAUCCGGCAUUAGAUCUUGGCACACAAUGUUCCCCGCUCGCUUUUGUUCGCUAUUAUUUGUGGUGGUGCUGGCGGUGAUUCUAGUGAUAGUGACCGCCGGAAGGCCGCGACAUCGGCCGGACAAUUGUCCGACCAUCAAGCUGAAGCGCCAAUGGGGCGGUAAACCAUCGCUGGGCCUCCAUUACCAAAUCCGACCCAUCCGCUUCGUAAUCAUCCAUCACACGGUCACCAGCGAGUGCAGCGGAUUGCUCAAGUGCGCCGAGAUUCUUCAGAACAUGCAAAACUAUCAUCAAAAGGAGCUGGAAUACAACGAUAUCAGUUACAACUUCCUGAUUGGCAGUGAUGGCAUUGUUUACGAGGGCACUGGCUGGGGAAUUCGGGGAGCACACACCUAUGGCUACAAUGGCAAUGGCACGGGCAUAGCCUUCAUCGGAAACUUCGUGGAUAAACUUCCAACGGAUGCGGCUCUGCAGGCGGCAAAAGCCCUUCUGGCCUGCGGGGUGCGACAGGGGGAGUUGAGCGAGGAUUACGCUCUGAUCGCAGGUUCCCAGGUGAUCAGCACCCAGAGUCCAGGACUGACGCUUUAUAAUGAGAUCCAGGACUGGCCGCACUGGCUCUCAAAUCCCUGAAAUUUCACUUAAAAAACUUGUCAUAUUUUGGAAAUUUGUUCUGACGGAAAGCUUCGAUAACCGAUUGACGGACAGCUGGGAUGAGAUUACAGUUAUCAAUAAUGGCCUUCCACUACACUUACAUUAAAACAACGGAUUACUCGCGCAUAUUAUCUUAAAUUCCAAUUUAUAUAAAUCGUAAUCUCAUGAAAAGCACUUAUAACGAGUUUUCAUAAACUGACAGUAUAUUAUAGUAAAACAAUUAAAUUCAAUUUAAAACAUUA